CUCGGGUCCAUUCCAACAGAGAGCAACACAAUCCAAUCUUCUGCCGUCCCGUGCUCGUAGUUGGUGGAGUAGGGUUUUAGCCAUGGCGUGGAGCGCCGCCGCCGCCGUCUCCAGGUUCGCCGCCUCCCCGGCCGCCGAGAUCCGCCUGCCCUUCUCAGCAGCUGCCGCCGCCUCCGUCUCCUUCGCCGGCCGCCGCCGCUUCGGCCCCGUCGCCGCGUCCCUCGCCACCUCCGCCACCGUUCAAAAGGAGGCUGUUCAGACGGAGAAGGCACCAGCAGCACUAGGCCCCUACUCCCAGGCGAUAAAAGCAAACAAUCUUGUGUUUGUCUCGGGCGUUCUUGGCCUAAAUCCUGAGACAGGGAAGUUUGUCUCUGAAAGCGUGGAGGAGCAAACUGAGCAGGUUAUGAAGAACAUGGGUGAAAUAUUGAAAGCAAGUGGUGCUAGCUACUCAUCAGUUGUCAAGACAACAAUCAUGUUAGCCGACCUACAGGAUUUCAAGUACGUGAACGAGAUUUAUGCUAAAUAUUUUCCAGCCCCUGCACCGGCGCGCUCGACCUACCAAGUCGCAGCUCUGCCACUGAACGCCAGGAUUGAGAUCGAGUGCAUUGCUGCCCUCUAGUUACCUCGCGGCUGACCAUCAAAAACCUCAAUAAGCGUUCCAUGCCCGUUGCAGCUGGCCACUACUAUUCUGUAGUGCACUACAUGACACUGUAAUCCAAUUAAGGUCUUGAACUGCGUGUGAUCGGUGUACUGUCUCUCAUCGUUUGGUCGCGGGGUAUUUCUCCCUGUCCAAUCUUAUGCCUCGUCGUAUAAGGAAACGUGAAAUUAAAAUGGUCAAAUUGAGCGUAUGAAUUAGCCCAUACUCUUUCUCCA